AUGACUGAAGACGCGAUACGAUUCGAUCAGCUUUUGCCAAUUUUGAUCCUUUUUCUGAUUUUGUGCCUAUUUUUGUAUGCGUGUGUUCGAGAAUGUUGUGAUGGCGGAUAUUCGGAGCAACAGGUGAGAGUUUUUCUUGACUUAAAAGUACACAGAAAAUUUUGGCCGCCUUAUGUUUAUGAAAAUUUUGAGCAACAGUAUUUUUUGAGAAAUGGAUAUAAAGUUCUUGGAGUUUUAAACUACAGUAAUUCUGAAAAAAAAUUGGUGCAAAAAUUUUUUUCUGUGUUUUUCAGAAAUCCAAAAAACCCAAUAAAAUUCUGAAUUUUCGAUUCUGGAAAUGACUUUUGAAUUUUUCACGUGGUUUCACGUAACAAUUUGUAGUUCGGAAUUGUUUUUGAUAAGAUUUUUCGGUACUCCUUAAUUUUCGAAAUGCUAAAUUAGGGUUCAAAAAUCCAAUGAAAGUCCAAAAAAAUUUUCUUUCUACAGUACUUCUCAAGUUUCUGAAAAUCCACAUAUAAAAAUGCUAAAUUUCCAGACGCAAAAAGUGCAACACGAUCUUGGACCAUUGCCAAAAAUCACAGUAACCAAUGGAAAAACCGGCGAAGAACGCGUUAUUCAGGAAUAA